CAUUGAUGUUGGAGCAAAACUGGGCGGAAAACUACCCAAUCUGGCAACAUAGUCCCGCGUUUGUUUUUGACCCCGCUCACUUGAAUCUGAUUGGCUAUUCGGUCUAAACAUCGUCACGUGACAACUAACAACCGACAAACAGAGGCAGGAAGUGAGCGGGUCCAGAAUGGCAGCAGCCCUCCUGUGCUUCCUCCUGGCUGGUCCAGUGCUGCUGGUUUCUGGUAGCCCAGUUUAUGACUCCAACAAUGGGACUGUACCACUGGUGCUGUGGCAUGGGAUGGGUGACAACUGUUGUAACCCUCUCAGCAUGGGAGCGAUAAAGAAGAUGAUCGAGGAGGAGAUCCCUGGCAUUUACGUGCUCUCGCUGAUGAUUGGGAAAAACGUCAUUCAGGACACAGAAAAUGGGUUUUUCAUGGAUGUGAAUGAGCAGGUGUCUGAGGUGUGCGGUCAGCUGGCUCAGGACCCCAAGUUGAAGGGAGGAUACAACGCUAUGGGCUUCUCCCAGGGGGCGCAAUUUCUGAGGGCUGUGGCUCAGCGCUGUCCCUCUCCACCAAUGAAAACCCUGAUCUCCGUCGGCGGUCAGCACCAAGGCGUGUACGGGCUGCCCAGGUGUCCCGGAGAGAGCUCUGACAUCUGUGACAUGAUACGCAAAGCUCUGAACAGCGGAGCAUACUCUGACCUGAUUCAGAAACACCUGGUGCAGGCGCAGUACUGGCACGACCCGUUAAACGACGACCUGUACAAGAAGCACAGCCUGUUCUUGGCCGACAUCAAUCAGGAGAGGGGUGUAAAUGAGACUUACAAGAAGAAUCUUCAGCUGCUGGAGAAGUUCGUCAUGGUCAAGUUCCUGCAGGACACUGUGGUGGAUCCUGUCGACAGUGAGUGGUUCGGCUUCCUGAAAACCGGCCAGGCCAAAGAGACAGAGACUCUCCAGGAGAGCGUUCUCUACAAAGAGGAUCGCCUGGGUCUGGCAGCUAUGGACAAAGCCGGAAAGCUGUUUUUUCUGGCGACAGAGGGAGACCACCUCCAGUUCACCAAGAAGUGGUUCGACGCGAACCUGCUGCCUUAUUUACGCUAAAAAAAACACCUUCAAUGUGGCGUUAGGUCAACUAGGAGUGAAACAUAGUGACAGGCUGCUGUAACUGAAAUUAAUUGUUUCAAGAGCAAUAUAAAUCGCAUGAAGCUUGGUAACCGGAGCAUGAACGCAGAGAGGAUGUAAUUCAUUCAUUUUGCACUGAUCACUUGGAGCAUGUUGAUGCCGUUUCUGACACCAUGCUAAUUUUAGCCGCUAGUUUGUGUUAAGUACUAUAACUACAGUCUCAAAUGUUCUUUACCACUGUGAGUUCUCCUCAAGUUUUCUUUCCUAAUGUACAUAAUUUAACAGAGAUACUGAUUCUGUACUUGUUACAUGUUUAAUCCAAUAAAGAGAGACCAAGAUAUGUUCA